AGAAAAAUUUAAUGAACAACAUAAUAUUUUUAUUGGAUUUCCAAACCAUAAAAGCUCUUAUUAAUAACAGGAUUGAAUAGUUAAUAAUAUUCCCAAAUAAUCAAUUGAGUUGCAAAAAAGCGCAAAACUAAUAAUCAGCACAUUAAAGUGAGCUUCUAUUUGCAUAAUGCGCUCCAGAUCGAUGCAUUUAUAAUCGACACGUGCGAUAGAUUAUAUAAGGCGGCAUGCUUAUGCACCAAAACACUCGAUCUCACCUCAACCGCUGCCAACUUCCGACGCUCCCGAGAUUCCAGUUGUUCCCGAGAGGAAUAUUGUAAAUCGGGAAAAAAGGCAAAUAGAACUUACUUCUAAGGCAUACACAUACACAUACAGCCGUAUAUGUCGGACACGCGAAACACUCUCGUACAGCUCGAGUUCCAGUAGUUUCGCUGGGAUAAGGGUGCCACGCGCCAAAGAUCGGGUAAGGAAAUGUCACAGUGUGGGUGGACGUGAUGCAAAGGGGAAGGGUGAUGUCAAUUCAAUGCUACAAUUGAGAGUUGGGAGGGUGAGAAAAUGGGAGUUGGGAACUCAAUAAACAAAAACCAAGAAUAGACACAACAUUUAGUUAAAUGUUACAUGGAAAAUUAUUUUUAAUUAUUAAGCAAACUAGUUUAAGCUCUCUUUUGUACGUUGCAGUGUGUAAAAUAUGGAACAUACAUAAGUAUUACAUAAAACAGCAUCUUCACCAAUUACUUAUGUGUCAGCAAAUGUGUUUAUUUUUAGGGGGGAUUUUUAAUUAUUCGCACCACCCUAUUCCCUCACAACACGAUAUGAAAUAGCACUAGCUGAAGGACACCACGAUCGUUGAGUAAAACCGAUUGAGAUUUACGACGUUACGAAACGGCUCACACAAAAAGGGGUCUAAUCAGUUGGUUUUGCGCUGACAGUAAAUUCAAAUGUACACGCACACAGCCACGCAUUAGAAAACAAUGAGUGGCAAGUGGAAUUGCAAGCGCUAGCGAGAUGACAUUCGACGAUCACGUGUAGGUCGACGGAAAACGUGACCACCCAUCGCCCAUCAUCUGUUCCCGCGAUUGUCGCGCUCAAUCAAGUGCUCGUGUCCAUUGAGCGGCGAUCCGGCUCCCGUGUGUGUGUGUGUGCUUGGGGGGACACAAUACAUUUCCUUAUUGUUUGGUCCAAUUGUUUACCUCCGGUGCAGCUGCAGGUGGUGGAGAUGGUGAAGGUGGCAAGCAUCCGCGGGCGUCGAUGCAACAACGCGCUUCUGAUGCAAUGGGGCUGGGAAUUGAGAAAAAUAUUUACUUUCGCUUGUUGCGCCCGCCUCCAAGGCCUUCGGGGCGAAACCUCAAGUGGUCGCGAACCGCUCGUGUAUUGGAGCGGGUCACUUCCCCACCCGCACUAAUCAUCUUCACACUGCGUGCGCUAUCAUCUCCCCAUUUUCUUCUCUCUCUCUCUCUCUCUUUCUCUUUCUCGCUCCUUUUUUCUAGCAAAUCCCGGACAUCGAUGUGGUGCGGAAUGGUUCAUUUGUCUAGCUUUUGUUGUUGCUGCUGCUGUUGCAACUGAUAAGAGCUUGAGCCAUCUCACACAAAGGCAUAUAGCGAAAGGUAGCGGUUGGAACCCUUUUACUGUCGAACCGCUUCAUAGUCGGAGAGACAGAAGAAGAGAAAGAACUCGUGACGAUGAGAUGUACAAAACGCGAAGAAGGAAAGGGGGUAGGGAAAUAAUAUUAGAAACACUCUUGUUGACAUUGUGCCCCGUUUGCGAAUCAAAAGUGCACUCUAUCAGCCCGUUGGCUUGGGUUGCAUCAAUUGCCGCCUAAGGUGAGCGAUACACGCGCCAUUCUACUUUGACUAGCGACCCAUUGUAAGCCGGUGGGCUUUUGUGUUUACUCGCAAACGAAAGGGGAGAAGCUUCGAGCGUGUUGAAAGGGUUGGUGCGGUUGCAAAAAAGUGAAACCGAACUAGUAAAUUUCCGUACCACUCAAGAGGAUCAUGCAAGAGGCGUUGAUUGUGAACACAAAAAAAAAAGAAAAACAAAAUCACUUCAUCUGAGUUCCACUCGCCACGGCGUUGAUAACGCACUCCGGGAAACCCUUAUCCGUGGCAGUAUAUGUUUUGUAUUCACGCUAAAAUAAAAGCAGUGAUCAAGAAAUAAUGGGAACAAAAACCGGGAAUAUGCAACCCCGAGGGAAAGGGUAGUAUAUGCAUUCGAGCACGGCACUCACGGGCACUCACGAUCCAGGGCCGCGACAUUCUGCUCGAAGCGCAGGCGAUCAGUUGCAUUGCGGUAACGAAGAUCGUUAGGUGGAAUUAUUAUACGUUGCAUCAAUUUUUUUUGGAUGAUAAUUAUCGAACUACGCGACAUCUGUAAGGUAGUUUUUUUUAGUUUGUGAUUGUGAUUUCUAACCGCGGUUACUAAUAUGAGCAAAUAGUCCGACAAAUGUCCCCUGAAUCGUAGUGGCAAUUAUUCAUGUGUUUCAAUUUUUGUGGGCAAGAUGUCGUUCAGGACACAUUUGCAUAUUGCUCCAGUGAACGAUAGUUUGUAGAAAGGAAAAUAAAAGUAAAAAGACUAAAUUCUGAGCGAUUCGUCAUAAAACGGCGACGCAAUACAGAGUAGUUGACAGUGAAAGUAAGUGGAUGCCGUUCGUCACGCUCAACCCUUAAUCAACCGCAUAAUCUUCAAGCAAUUGUACGGCCAGUUUAUUGAGUCACCACUGGCAGGGCUGUUCAUCUUCGAGUGCAUUUAGCGUACUUGUUUAACCUCCCAUCAACAAAACGCAGAACAUGAUCGGUCCACCGAUGGUUUGGACGCGAGAAUCGAUGCUCAAGCAGUUAAUCAAAAUGUCUGGAGCGAAUCCCCCUCGAAGCGUUACGCCAAACGCGCAGCAGGACUACGAUGUUACGCGUAUGCGAGAGGAAGACUUCGAGCGGCUGGCCGUCUACAUCGUGCCGGAUAUGCCCUGCGAGAAGGGUGUACCGGGACGGGCGGAAAAGACACUACCCCGCAGCCUGACGCUCAAACCCUCCCUCGUCCUCUCGACGCCCACAUCCACGACUGAAGGUGUGUGGAGUACGGGCGUCAUCCCUCGGGGUACCAGAUUCGGUCCGUUCGAGGGUGUCCGUACACCGAGCCAUCCCAGUGACAAACAGCUAUGGCGGUACUUUUGGAGGGUGCAGGAACUGCGACACGUUUCCUAUGGGAAUAUCAAGAUAUUUAAGGACAGUGAUUUCUACUAUCUGGACGGGUCGGAUACAGCACAGUCGAACUGGAUGCGGUACGUAGCGUCCGCGUACAGCUUCUCGGUGAUGAAUCUGGUCGCCUGCCAGCAUCAGGAACACAUCUACUUCUACACGAUACGCGACAUCAUGCCGAACGAGGAGCUGAUGGUGUGGUACUGUCGCGACUUCGCAAAGCGGCUCGGGUACGACAUUGAUCCGGAGCGUGCGACCUACUCCAUCUGUCGCGAGGAGGUGGUAAAGAAGACGUACAAGCAACCCGUCCCACCGGAGGUAGCCUACAAUCAUGUGAAGCACGUGAUGGGCCUAUACCUACCAGCGAUGGUACGCAGUACGCCUACGCCGAGUCCAUCGCCGCCCGCCCCACCAACCAGUCAUGGUCAUGUUCCUUCCGCCAAGCAUCACGCGCUGCAUCAAACCGUACUGCGGGAGCCCCGGAACGGGGGUUCCGCCGCGGUUGGUGCGACUGCCGCAACAGAAGAAUCGCUACGCGAUCGAUCUCCAAUACGCAUUGUGAUCCGUGAGCAAAGCCCACUGCUGCGGGAAAGUGUCAAAGAGGUGGACGCCGACUCACCAAUCUCACAAACGAAGGAAACGGCGUACGAACAUCAACUGACACCGAACGAUGGUUCGGUACGGUCGGAUGAGGGCUACCACAGCAAUGGGUACCAUGAGGAUGGAUUCACACCACCGGAGGAUUCGAGCGAUAGCGAAAGCGAACACAACUAUGUGCUGGACUGUUCGAAGAAGGCGAUCGAACCGAAGGAAACGAGCGUAGGCCAGCACAAGGUAAGCACGACCGAGCCGUGUGACAAGAAUGAGUACCGGAAGGUUAAGAUGAAGAUGCCGCUCAAGUACGAGUUUAAGAACAACAGCAAAAACUUCAAGGUAGAACCAGAGCUGGAGGCAACCGAACGGGAGGUAGAAGCGGUGGCAACGGUUGGUCCGGUCAGUGCCGAACCGAUGGGACCGGGUAUGCGCGAGGUGACACCUGCUACGAGUACCGUGAUUGUGCUGGACACAACGCCCGAAACGGUUGUGGUCCCGCUGACGAAGAGCUAUUACGAGGCAGAACCGACGUCCACCUCACCGGCGACCUUCAUCCGCUACACUCCGCCGAGCUCGAGCUCGAUCCUCGAGACCAUACUGACCGGUAGCAAUCGGGCACCGUCCGUAGAUGAUCCACACCGGCGGCAACCGAACGCAACACCGCCUCCGACCUCACCAACCGAGAUGGCCUACUCGUACAAGAAGUCGCAACGGUACGGAACGGCCUGCAGUCCGGACUCGAGCUCUCAAAAUCCGGCACCCGAGCCAACCGAGCCCACCACCCGAUCUCAGCCGCUCGAGCAGGAACCGAAGGAGGCGGACCAUGCGGAUCUCGCCCACCAUCUGCCCCAUCACCAUCUGCACCAUCACCCGCACCAUCAUCAUCUGCAUCAUGCGCAGCAUCAGCAACCGCACCAGAGCAGCUACCACCUCGGGCACGAUCGGCUGCACGAUCGCGAGGAAGCGGCCCCAUCGCCCUCACCCUCACCCCUCGUUUAUCCGGGUGAGCAUCAUCAUCUGCAUCCGCAUCAUCCCCAUCACGGUGGGCAACAUCACCCGCAACAUCACCACAGGACACACUCGCCCGUACCGUACGAGUCGCCAGUGCCGAGCUACAGUAGCAGCAGUAUUUACACGACAUCGAACGGAUCGGCCAGUGUGAUCAAUAGCGCUUCCAGCUCCACCUACAGUCCGCCGCUGAACGGAGGGCAUUACGAGAGACUGACGACAUCGUCGACCACCCCGAUGCGCACGGUAUCACCGGGCUUACCGAGCGGUCCACCCGGUCCAACCCAACCGUCCGGAUUUGUACAGCUGCAAUCGAAAGGUCAGCUACCGCUUGGACAUCCGCUGAUGCAACCGCUAACACCGCUCACGCAUAUGUCGCCCGGUCGCGUGUCACCACCGAGCAGUCUCAGCCCGGACGGUGGAUCGUACUCUCGCAGCGGUAGCCCGAUGAGCCCGGGCAGUCCCAAUUCGCGCGGUUACCGAAGUCUGCCCUAUCCGCUGCGGAAACGUGACGGCAAGAUGCACUACGAGUGUAACGUGUGUAGCAAAACGUUCGGUCAGCUGUCGAACCUGAAGGUGCACCUGAGGACGCAUUCGGGCGAGCGGCCGUUCAAGUGUAACGUCUGCACGAAAUCCUUCACCCAGUUGGCCCACCUGCAGAAGCAUCAUCUGGUGCAUACGGGCGAAAAGCCACAUCAGUGUGACAUCUGCAAGAAACGUUUCUCGUCCACGUCCAACCUGAAGACGCAUCUCCGUCUGCACAGUGGCCAGAAACCGUACGCUUGUGAUCUUUGCCCGCAGAAGUUUACCCAGUUCGUGCACCUGAAGCUGCACAAGCGGCUACACACGAACGAUCGGCCGUACGUGUGCCAGGGCUGUGAUAAGAAGUACAUCAGUGCGUCCGGGUUGCGUACGCACUGGAAGACGACCAGCUGCAAACCGAACAAUCUGGAGGAGGAACUGGCAAUGGCUGCAGCGGCCACGUCCGAGUGUUUAGAUAAGGACGGUCAACCGGACGGUGAAGGUGGUCGCGAGUUUUACGAAAUGUCACACCUUCCAGCAUCGCACCAUGGAACGGGACCGGGCGUGGUACAGACAACGACGGCCACAUCUUCUGCCCAACCGACAGCACACCCGCAUCAUCCACACGCCGGAAUGUCGCAUCACCAUUCCGAGCAGGUCAUACACAAGGUGUCGGCGGGUAAAAUCCAACAGCAGCACACGAAUGGCGCGAGCCCAAGUAGUAAUGGUACGAGCAACAAUAACAGUCCCAACAGUACCAACCACAAUCUACCGUCACCGCAUCUACACUACGGUGGACAUAUGGUGCAACCGAACACGAACGGAACGGGUGGUGGUGGUGGAUCGGGAUCAUCUGCCUCCCAGCAUGAACCCACCAGCCGCCCGAGUGUGAUCGAGUCCAGCCAACCGAUGGUGAUCGAAUGUACGUAGCCCGGUGUGAUACGACUCUUAGGGAAGGAAAAACAAAACCCCGCUGCUCAAACUGAAUGAGAUUGAGCCGAAAAAAACACGUCGUCGAAACAAACCUGUUUUGCACUAUACAUAUAUUUAUAUUUAUUGUUCCGAAAUGUGCGGGAAAUGUAGAUCAUCUUGUUUUUAACGAAUGUGCAUCACUCGCAUAUAAGCUGUUGGGCGAUACUAUUAAGUGGUCUUAAGAAACGUAACUUAUCCAGUUAGCAUGUAACGAGUUUGUUGAUCCAUGGGCUGGCGCAUGUAUAUAAUGGCUGUAAUAGCAUCCGUGGGGUGUUCGCCGGGUGUCCCCACCUAGGUUCGAAUUUGUGAUCAAAAUUGUUCUUUUUUUCGUUUAUCCUCCCUUCGGAACAUUAAAUUCCUUUUGUUUGUUUGUUUUUGUUUUGCUGUGUUGCAAUGCGUGUGCAUGAUGUGUGGCGCUUAGAAGCGUAGAUACUAAGAACGCCCCAUGAUAAGACUCCCAGCGUUUUAUGCGUGCAAAAAAAUAAACUACGAAGGGCUACCGUUAGAAAUAUAUAUAAAUCUAAAUAUAAUAUAGAUCUACAUAAUUAGGAAACCGAAACGCAUCAAAGAUCAAAAUUGAAGUCUGAUAGCAAUUAGGGAUAUUUAGGUUGUUCGUUCGUUUCACAUCGCUCGUUUUUUGUGUGCGUGUGUGUGUGGGACCGGUUUGGUGUGCCGUUGUUCGGUACCGAAUCCGGCAGAAAACGCUCGAACCACUCGACUGACUGAUAGUUUUCCUUCGUGAACGGGUGUGAGCGAUGGGACACACAGCCUGGGAAGCGGAUUGUAACAUACAUUUACCUAGUGCAUGGUGGUUUGUCACGCAUUGUUCCAUUUCCGUUGUGUUUUGGUGUAUGAUUCGUAUCCCCCGAAACAGGAAAACAGAUUAGAUGUUAGGUGAGAAUGAUGGCGGUGACCUUAGCAACAUAUACGAGUGAAUUUGAUGAAGCGAUGCGGAGAGAAAAUGUUUACUAUUAAGAAAACCUUAAGCUAAACUACAGUACUACCACGAUACACACACAACACACACACAAACAGACAGACAAAGGACAGAGACAGGUGUACGGAUGUAAUUGAAAAUUACAAUUCACAACUUAGCUGAAGAUCGGUGCUUUUUCAAAACCGUGCACAUCCCGCAAAGGGUUACUCCCUUUGUCGUGGAUCGCGGUACUAAUACUAUUACUCAGAGUUAAGAUUUAGAUUAAUGAAUAAAAUUAUAUAACAAAAAAAAAAGAAAAGAAAACUUACGAAGAUAAAGUAACAGCAAAAACAAACAUUUAUAAACUAAACUUUAUUGCGAGUGAAGUGCGAUGAAAGAGAUGGAACGGGGAAAAUGUGUGGAAAAUCGUUUAGAAAAGAAAAUGAAAACAAAAAAAACAUGUAUAAAAAGAAAAACAGAAUUAUUCGUUUGGUGCUAAAACCUGGGAAGGGGAAGAAAUAUUAAACGGACAGUGAACAGAGUAAAAACAUGAUGAAAAGAACAACAGAGUAAGGAUAUUACAGUUAUGAUUAAACACAAACAUUACCCUUAACACCUUUGCCUCUGUAAGAGCAACAAUAAAAUAAGCAAAAAAUGAAAAUAAGAAAUAUCAAGUAACAAAAAAAAGGAAAAAUCAUAAGAAAAGUUUAUACAAAUAAAACAAACAGAAUAAAAGUUAUUGCAACACCGUAAGAGAAAACAAACAAAUCAGAAUGCUAAAUCGCGUAGGAAUCGCUAGAAUUGUGGAUGCUCUUUUUUCCAACCAGAAUCAAGUACAGAAUCUAAGCCGCAUUCUACAUGUAGUCGUAACUCAAUCCAAAACUCUAGGGUACGCCAGGAUAGAGACAUAAAAGGGAGAGAUCAAUUGCAAAUGAAAAUGGCAAUCAAUGCUUGAAACAGUGGCCAAACCGAUUCUAAAAAAUUACAAACUCCCGUCUGUUAGCCAGAUCAGCUAGCCAGCUACAGAUGGUUCCAUUCUUUAGUUCAUCCUGUUUUCCUGUUUGAUGUACGUCGGGUUGUGUCCCGCACACGGUGUAUUCCUUCCGUAAAACCUUAACCUAUCCAUCUCACGCAUACAUCAGCACACGCAGAAAAGUUCACACAUAAACACGAAACGUCAAUCGCGAUUGAGGCUUUUGGAGCUGCAAAUGUCACGGUCCUGAUCGUCACGGAACCAUGCUUUCAGUUUCCUUAAAAAAAUAAGAUCUUCGUUUUAUGUUUGUUAGUUUUUGUUUAUCGUUUUCCGGUCGUUGAUCUUUGUUUGUGUUUUCCCCCCGUUUCCUUUUGUGUUUAGAGGUUAGAAAAGAAAGCGAUUGUGUUAGCCAUUAAGUCUGCAAUAGUUGCGAUCUUCGCGAAGAUCAAAACCAUAACAGGAUAUUCUACGAUAAGCGAAGGAGAAAAAAAAGGGCGAGAAAAGGACUAGCAUGAUAACAUAUACAGAUAAAUAUACAAUGAUACGCGCACUAUCAAAUUACAACAAAAAAAUACACUCGGAACGACGAGUUGAAAACCGAGAAAUGUUGAUCAUUUUCCAUCACGUUUUUCAUACGUUAUUUUUUUUACGAUUGUAAGAGCACUUCGGGAUUGGUUGGCCAUCCCAUGUAUGGGGUGGGAUCUGACCGUAGGAUUCUCAUUGCCCGGAGAGAAGAAAAACAACAAAACUGACUGAUUAAUUGAAUUAGUGCGUUAAUUUUUUAUUCUCGUUUUAUGUUGCAUCUCACAUCGUGCUAGGAUAGUGAAAAGAGGCAAGGUAAAGAGGUGAGCAAACCGGGCACGCUGAAACACACGAUGCAAGCAUUUUAAUUCGUUAAGAGCCACCGUAAAACGGGCGUGAGGAAAUGCUCCUGAUAAAAUGUGUAUUUUGUUUGUUUGUUUUUUUUAUUACUAUCAUUAUUAUUGUCCUAAAGCAAGGAGCAAAGGAAUGCAACGCAAAGGAGUGGAAUAAUUAGCGCAUUAGCAUUAGCGUGAACUGCUAAACCCGUAGCUUAACAUAGAUUGCAGGACCACUUUUUUCGAAUAGUUGAUAACAGAGAGUAUAACAAACCCCGUUUGUGCUUGUAUAGUAUGAAAAACAAAAAUGGAAUAGAAGCAACUCAGCAUCUCGCAGCUGGGCUUGGAAAAGGAAAGGAUAUGUUAUGUAUUACACACACACAAAUAAAACGAAGGAAGAGGAAAACUAUGAAUGAAAAAGAAAUAAUCCUUAACCGAUACGCCGAUGAAGCAAAUACGAACGCUACCUUACUGAUAAUAAUUUAAACAAACAAGAACAUAUGAAGUAAGACUAAAAGGAUAAUUAACUGCUGUAGUCGUAAGUGAAAAAUGCUAGUGUGCGAAACCUGGGCAACGGACAAAUGUGUCCGCGUCAGCUAAUAUGCGUGCGUGAAUGGGAAACGAGUGGAAAUCUUUAUAAAAA